GGAGAUUAAUGAAGAUAAAAUGAACUUAGAGUCUGUGGUAUGCGAAGCAAUAUACUGAUCUACUUUUACGUGUGCUUCACUUUAGAUCAAAAUGAAUUUCGAAGUGCCCAAGGAUCUGCAAGAGUACAUUGCGCGUAUUGACGAAUUCAUCGAACGCGAGAUCAAGCCUCUGCAGGCCGAGAACGACAACGAACGCUUCUUCGAUCAUCGUAGAGAACACUCCAGAACAGACUGGGACAAAGGUGGCCUGCCUCGCAAAGACUGGGAAGCAUUACUUGUCGAGGCAAGGAGAAGAGCAGACAAGGCUGGUUUCUACAGAUUCAGUUUGCCAAAAGAGUAUGGAGGACAGAACACGGCAUCAGGACGAGGAUCAAACCUCUGGAUGGCUGUCAUAAGGGAACAUCUUGCCAGCAAAGGCCUCGGUCUAUUCAAUGACCUGCAGAAUGAACACUCCGUCGUUGGAAAUUUCCCGGACGUGAUCAUGGUCCAACACUUUGGCAAUGAACAGCAAAAGAAGGAGCUCAUCGGUGGCAGACUUGCUGGUAAAGUUCGGAUCACUUUUGGCUUGACAGAACCACAUCACGGCAGCGAUGCCACUUUUAUGGCGACUAAAGCGGAGAAGCAAGCCGAUGGCAGCUACAUAAUCAAUGGAGGUAAGAUGUGGCAGACUGGUAUGCACGUGGCUACCAAUUGCUUCAUCUUCGCUCGCACGAGUGGCAAAGACGGCGACGCCAAGGGUAUCACCUGCUUCAAUGUACCGAGGAACACGCCUGGUUUGAAGGUAGAAUCGUACGAAUGGACGCUGAACAUGCCCACUGAUCACGCGACGAUCUCUUUGACGAAUGUUCGUGUCCCGGCUGAAGCAAUCAUUGGACCUCCAGAGGGUGGUCUGGCCAUCGCUCAGGCAUUUGUGCACGAGAAUAGGAUCAGGCAAGCUGCCUCUUCGCUAGGCGCUGCAGUAUAUUGCGUCAAUCAAUGUGUGGAAUAUGCCCGCAAGCGUCGACCAUUUGGUAAACCUCUGGCUUCGAAUCAGGCUAUUCAAUUUCCGCUUGUAGAGCUGGCAACACAGUGUGAAAUGCUGCGGCUACUCAUUCGAAAGACUGCUGUCGACAUGGACACGAUGCCACAUAGAGAAGUAGAGCAGAAGGUCAGCGACAAGGUCAGCAUGUGCAACUAUUGGGCGAAUAGAUUGUGUACGCAAGCAGCAGACCGGGCGAUCCAAGUCUUUGGUGGAUGGGGCUACAGUCGGCACUACCCAUUCGAGCACAUUUGGAGACAUCAUCGUCGAUACAGGAUCACUGAAGGCAGUGAGGAGAUUCAGAUGCGAAAAGUAGCUGGAUAUCUCUUUGGCUUCACUGGUCCCAAAAAAGCUGAGAUGGAAUUGGCCGCAGCGAAGUUAUAGUGGAAUUUGACGUCAAAAAUUGAUCUGAACUCACGACU